CGUCGGGCUCCACCAAUGGCGAUCGCACACGACGGGCCACGUCUGCGCCUUCUGUUGCCUCUCACAGCUCUCGGCCAGUCUGUGACGAGAACUAGAACGAUGAGGGUGGGAGCAACCGUCGCCGCCAUCCUUGUGGCUUCCUUGGUCGCCUCUGGGGGUGACCAGAUCGCCAAAGAAGAGGGGGUGUUGGUGUUGAAGACGGAGAAUUUCAAGACGAUAGAAGAUAACGAAUUUAUCCUGGUCGAGUUCUAUGCACCAUGGUGUGGACACUGCAAGGCUCUUGCCCCAGAAUAUGCCAAGGCAGCUCAAAAGCUUGAAGAAAUGGGAUCUGAUGCACUGGGCAAAGUUGAUGCCACAGAGGAAACCGAACUUGCUGAAGAGCAUGGUGUCCGAGGUUACCCCACCCUCAAGUUCUUCCGUUCUGGCAAAUCUGUCGACUAUGGUGGUGGUCGUCAGGCUGACGAUAUUGUCAACUGGCUCUUGAAGAAAACUGGUCCACCUGCAAAGCCUUUGGCUACUGUAGAUGAUGCUAAGGCCUUUAUUGCUGAAAAGCCUGUUGUCAUUAUUGGUUUCUUCAAGGACCAGCAGUCUGAUGCUGCCAAGCAGUUCUUGGCUGCUGCUUCAGCCACUGAUGACCAUCCAUUUGGAAUUACCUCAGAGGAAGCUUUGUUCACUGAGUAUGGAUUGAGUGCUGAUGGUAUCAUUCUCUUCAAGGACUUCGAUGAAGGCAAGAAUGUGUAUGAGGGUGAGGUGACUGAGGAUGGUGUAUCCAAGUUUGUUGCUGCAAACUCUCUACCUCUUGUUGUGGACUUCAACCAUGAGACUGCAUCAAAGAUCUUUGGUGGUGACAUCAAGUCCCAUCUCCUUAUUUUCCUGUCAAAGGAAGCUGGACAUUAUGAUACUCACCUGAGUGCUGCCACUGCUGCUGCUAAGGGCUUCAAGGGAGAAGUUCUCUUUGUGACCAUUAACACAGAUGAGGAGGAUCACUCUCGCAUCCUUGAAUUCUUCGGCAUGAAGAAGGAUGAAAUCCCAGGCCUCCGUAUUAUCAAGUUGGAGGAAGAUAUGGCCAAGUACAAGCCUGAUACUUAUGACCUCAGCGAGAGUGGGCUUACCGGCUUCGUCAAGAGUUUCCUUGAUGGAAAGCUGAAGCAGCACCUUCUGUCUCAGGAUCUGCCAGAAGACUGGGAUAAAGAGCCAGUCAAGGUUCUGGUGUCCUCCAACUUCGAUGAAGUUGCCUUGAACAAGGAGAAGGAUGUCCUUGUAGAGUUCUAUGCACCAUGGUGUGGACACUGCAAACAGCUGGCACCUAUCUAUGAUCAGCUAGGUGAAAAAUACAAGGACCACGAUACUAUUGUUGUGGCGAAAAUGGAUGCUACAGUCAAUGAGCUUGAGCAUACGAAGAUUCAGUCCUUCCCAACCUUAAAACUUUACAAGAAGGAAACUAAUGAGGUUGUUGAAUACAAUGGAGAACGCACAUUGGCUGGAAUGUCCAAAUUUUUGGAAACUGAUGGGGUUUAUGGCCAAGCGCCACCUGAGGAUGAGGACGAUGAGGAGACUGAUGAGGAUGGUGAUGUGCCAGCAAAGGAUGAACUUUAAAGAGGUUGAAAAGUUGUUUUAUGCGAGAUAAAUUGCUUUUGGUCCUAGCAGUAUGACUACAAGAAAGGUUAAAUUUCU